AUGGAGGGUUGGUGGGUUUGGACUAGGGGAAACCCUUGGUCCGCGGCUGCGUCCACGGUGCCGCCGGCGCUCCGGCGUCUCCUGUUGGGGCGGCAUCGAGGCGCCACCUUUGGUCGGCGGAUGGGUGGUCGAGGCUUCGCAGGUGGAGGGUUGUCUUCCCCAGUGGUGUUCCUGCUUGGCUGCUUUCGGUCGACGUUGAUUCGGGUUGCGGCGGUGACGAAGUAUGGGUUGUGGCGGUGCGAGCAUGUAGAAGUCCCCGUCCCUUCAGCAAAGAAGAAUGAGGUCCUGUUGAAACUACAAGCUGCAACCGUGAAUCCACUUGACUGGAAGAUACAGAAAGGGGACCUGCGGCCUCUGCUGCCUCGUAGACUGCCUUUUAUUCCAGUGACUGAUGUCGCAGGAGUAAUUGUUGAUGUUGGUCCUGGAGUGAAUGGUCUAACAGCGGGUGAUCAAGUUGUCGCCAAGUUGAACUCUCUUAAUGGAGGUGGACUUGCAGAGUACGCGGUAGCACCCGCAAACCUGACUGUCAAAAGGCCAGCUAAGGUUUCUGCAGCUGAGGGUGCUGGCCUUCCCAUUGCUGCAGGCACUGCGCUCCAGGCGCUGAGGUCCAUUGGGGCCAAGUUUGACGGCACCGGCAAGCCUCUGAAUGUGUUGAUCACCGCUGCCUCCGGUGGUGUAGGCCUGUACGCGGUGCAGCUUGCGAAGCUGGCGAACCUUCAUGUCACCGCCACCUGCGGCGCCCGCAACAUGGAUCUUGUGAAGAGCUUGGGCGCGGACGAGGUGAUGGACUACAGGACCCCAGAGGGAGCGACCCUGCAGAGCCCCUCCGGCCGGAAGUACGACGGCGUGGUUCACUGCACCGUCGGUGUCAGCUGGUCGUCUUUCCAGCUGUUGCUGAGUGACGCCGGGAGAGUGAUAGAUAUCACCCCGAACUUGUCAGCCAUCCUCACAUAUGUGCUGCACAGGGUGACAUUCUCCAAGAAGCGCCUCGUGCCCCAGCUUCUCCUGUCCCUCAACAAGGCAGACCUGGAGUUCUUGGUCGGGUUGCUCGAGGAAGGCAAGCUGAAGACGGUGAUCGACUCGAGGUUCCCGUUGAGUGACGCAGGCAAGGCGUGGCAGAGCAGUAUCGAUGGCCAUGCCACUGGCAAGAUUGUCGUUGAGAUGGAGAGCUGA